AUGCAGGGUCUUGCGGAUGGUCCCGUCAAGACUCACCUGUUCCGACUUGAAAUGGAUUCACUAGAACAAGUCAUUUCCAUUGCGGAACAGGAAGACUUCAGUAUGAGACAGGCUCGCGCCAGCUCGACAUCAUAUCGUCAACCGAGUCGAUAUGACAGCGGAGGUCCAGAGCCGAUGGAACUCUGUUAUGUAGAGAGCGAGAAGGCUCGCUCUACAGACUACAAGAAGUUGCAGAAAUGCAACAGAUGUCAAAAGACAGGACACUACGCUUACGAGUGUAGUGCCCCUCGUCCAGUGUCUCGCGACACUGGGCGUAGUGACCGUCCACCCAUGAGAAAGGGGCAGGGACGCGUGUCCGCUGUUGGUGCAAAGACGCAACAACGGUAUGGACCGUCAAAAAACGGACAGGAUCAGUAG